GCGUUGGAAUGCACGGCGUAAUCUGCACUAGAUGAGCCGGACGAGCUUGCUAGUCAUGAAACGUGCAAGAGUGGACCGCGCGACGCGCACGGAAAAGCUUUUUUUAUUUAUAAAUACAUUGGGCCUCGGGCCAAACCGAGCUCAGCCUAGACACCUAUCCUUGACAUUUGACCAAAGCUUAAAUGUUCGUGAUUUUUUUUUUAAGGAUUUCGUGGGGAAAGCAGAAGUACUAGAAGGAAAGUGGAUCGGAUGGGAGAAGUGAAAAUUUAGUUUUUUUUUCUCACACUGACGGACGUGUUGUCUGCUGUGUGGCCGCUGACGUCACGGAGAAUCAGCUGGAAAUCAUGCACGAGCUACUCACUUGGCCCAGACAGAGAUUUUAAAAUUCUGAAUUUUCCAAGGGACACAAUGACGACGAGUCUUACUGUGCUUUACGGCAGCGAGACAGGAACUGCCCAGGACACCGCCGAGCAAAUUUGGCGCGAUGCCAAAAGGAUGAAAUUAAAGUGCUCCGUAGCAGCCAUGGAUGAAUAUAACAUUGAAAAACUAAUUUCUGAAAAACUUGUGGUGUUUGUGAUUGCCACCACUGGUCAGGGCGAACCUCCAUUAAAUAUGAGACGAACUUGGCGUUUUCUGCUCCGAAAAAACUUACCGAGCACUUCUCUCAUCAAUGUUCAAUAUGCCGUACUAGGGCUGGGUGAUAGUUCCUAUCAAAAGUACAAUUAUGCGGCUAAGAAGCUUAGAAAAAGAUUGGCACAGCUUGGAGCAAGAGAGUUGAUUCCAAUUGGAUUAGCCGAUGAUCAACAUGACUUAGGGAUCGAUGGUACUGUUGGUCCAUGGGUUGAAGAAUUAUGGACUAAAGUAUCAGAAAUCUUUAAUAUCUCCAAAGAAAUUUACAUAAAUCGAGAUCAGGAGGUAAUUCAACGAUUUGAUGUUACUGUCAUAAAUUCAACAAUUAUAAAUGGCACAAAUAAUCAAUACAGAGAUAUUUACAAACAUGAAAUGUCUCUUAAUGAAUCAUUAAAAAUCGGAACAGUACUUGAGAACAAUAGAACGACUUCAGAUGACCAUUUUCAGGAUGUAAGAUUAAUUAAACUUCAAGCAGAAGGCUUGGAUUAUACACCUGGUGAUGUAUUAUAUGUAAGACCUAAAAAUUCUCCAGAACAAGUACAAAAAUUCUUCACUGUGUUAAAUGAUCAUGGAGUAAAUGCAUAUCCUAAUAUGGUAAUAAGAGUAACUGGAAAAGAAAUAAAGGUACCAAGUGUACUCACACGUGACCUAACUUUACAAGAAGUAGCUGAACAAUACUGGGAUUUGAGUUUUAAACCACGAAGAUCAACUAUGCAAACUUUAGCAUUUAUUAGUGAUGAUGAACUAGAAAAAGAAAAACUUAUUGAAUUUACUACACCAACUGGCCAAGAAGAACUUUUCAAUUACGUCACUAGACCCAGAAGAAAUAUUAUCGAAGUGCUUCACGAUUUUCCACAUACUACAAGGAAAUUGAACAUUAAAUUACUCUUUGAAAUAAUGUCGCCCAUUAAGCCACGAGCUUUCAGUAUCGCCUCAAGUUUGAAUAAGACAAAGAAUGAAAUUCACAUUUUAGUUGCAGUUGUUAAAUACAAAACAAAACUUCUAGAACCAAGGCUGGGAUUGUGUUCUAAUUGGUUAGCAGACCUAAAAUUGCGUGAAGAAGUUAUUUUUUGGAUUCAAAAAGGAACUUUCAAGUUUGAUUAUAACAAACCUAUGAUCCUUAUAGGACCUGGAACAGGAGUAGCACCAUUUAGAUCAUUACUACUUGAAAAAGCAUCUACGAACAAAGAUUUGAGUGAUUGUAUUCUUUUCUUUGGAUGCCGAAGUAAAUUGAAAGAUUAUCACUGCAAAGAAGAUUUUGAAACUUUAUCGCAAACGAAUGGUCUGAGAUUAUUCUGUGCUUUCUCCAGAGAUCAAGAACAGAAAAUAUAUGUACAGCAUGUUAUACGGGACCAAAGCGAAUUGUGUUGGAAAUUUCUAAAAAGUAGUGCCAAUAUUUACUUGGCAGGUACAGAACCGGUUCGGCUGUCUCCAGGAUGGGAAGGGACAGGCAGACCAGAGGAUGAAUUGAACUUUAAGGGAGUUACAAUGGACCAAGCCGAUCUCGAAAUAAAUCCACCGAACGAUAGGCUGAAUAUAGUAUUCUUAAUACUAUUACUUCAUGGUAUAGGGUCAUUGAUGCCAUGGAAUAUGUUCAUUACAGCCAAGGAUUACUUUGUCGACUACAAGAUGUCCAAGAAUUACACAAGCAUUGAUCCGUUCUACACUACAAAUUUUCUUCCGAUCUUAGGAUUCGCUGCACAAAUUCCGAAUUUACUUUUCAAUUGGUUGAAUAUAUUCAUCCAGCUAGGCGGCAAUCUAACGACGCGCAUAGUAUGGGGCAUCUUUGUAGAAGUUUUAAUAUUUGUGUUUACUAUUGUACUGGCAAUGAUCGACACGUCUGCUUGGUCAGACAUAUUUUUUUGGAUAACAAUGAUCUCCGUCGUAAUGCUAAACACUGCCAGUGGUAUAUAUCAGAAUUCUAUAUUUGGAAUGGCAGCUAAGUUACCAUUCAAGUAUACUGGAGCUGUGGUUCUGGGCUCGAACAUUAGCGGAACUUUCACAGCCAUUAUAAACUUGAUCGCACAAAUAAUGGCUCCGAAUGUACGUACUGCCGCAAUCUACUAUUUUAUAACCGCACUCUUUGUUCUACUGGCGUGCUUCGAUACGUACUUUGCUCUUCCGAUAAAUAGAUUUUAUCGUUACCACGAGUUGCUCCAUAAAAAGGAAUCUAAGAGGAGGCAGUUGGAACAUGGAUCCAGGGGCGUUAAAGAAAAUGUACCUUACUGGACCAUAUUUAGACAAUGCUUACCGCAGUGCUUUAAUAUCUUCUUUCUCUUCUUCGUCACCCUCAGUAUCUUUCCCUCUGUUCACUCCGACAUAAGACGCUCGGAUCCAAAUUUCAUUAUCCCAGCCGACUAUUACAGCAACGUCAUGUGUUUCUUGACGUUUAAUAUUACCGCCAUGAUAGGCAGUUCCAUCGCGUCGAUGGUACAAUGGCCCAGCAAGAACUACUUGGUCUUUCCAAUUAUAUUGCGUGCUCUUUAUAUACCGCUGUUUCUACUAUGCAACUAUCAGCCAAAGGAUAUACAGAGGGUACUUCCGGUAUUGAUAAACAAUGACUGGUUGUAUUUGAUAAUCGCUAUCACGAUGGGACUAACAAGCGGUUACUUCUCCUCUAUUGCUAUGAUGUACUGUCCAAGAAUGGUCGAAUCGCAUCAUGCAGCUACUGCCGGUAUGUUUGGAGCGGCGUCUUUAAUCACCGGAAUCUUUACAGGGAUUUUAUUCUCUAUGGUUAUGCCUUAUGUCAUUUCUCUACACGUUUAAAUCUUUAUUUCAAGUUAUUUGUCCACAAAGAAAAUUUUCAAAUGGUUCAAAAAAAGUUAAUACUCCCGGCAACAACAGUCAACAGUAGCCAGCAGACAUUUUAUUUUACUUUUUUAAAUGAUUAAAAGGACUAAGUUACUUUGAUACUUUAUAUACAAUUGUUAUAAACAGCUUUUCAGGAAACUUGAUUAGGGUCUCGAUAGACUUUUUUUGUCGGGAAAUUCAAUUUAUUGUUUUGCGCUGUUAGGUACAUUUUAAUAAUACUCAGAAAAGAUAUGUUAAACAGUACCCAGCGAUAAUUUGACUUGAUUAUGACGUAAUGGCGCUGCACCGAUAGCGUACAGAUUUUAGGAAAUAGUAUGUUUAAAGUUCAUUGAUAAUACUGAAGCACAAAACUGGUAAAGUACUAUCGCUGUCUUGUUAUCAGUCGAUGGAAAUGCCUUCGAAGGCAAGUCACUGGUUCGGCCACGUUAAUGAAAACGGACCAAAACGCCUUAAAAGUUAAGACCCAGCGGUAUUCGCCGAAUGGUCGCUUACAGGAAAACGGAACAAAGCCGCUUGUUAUGCACAUAACUAAUCUGUAAAUUUAGGUGAUAGGCGUUACUUACUUAGUACAAGCUCGAAAGAGAGACAGGGGAUGAGAAAAGAAUGAAAGAAAGAAGAUAAAAUUAAAACAGAUAACACAGGAAAAUAGUCUCAUCCGGAAACAUGAAACUACGAGUGGACUUUUUUCUUCUGCAUGGGUUCAUUUUCUUUUUGAGCAUGUCAUUACAGUCGAAAUACAUGAAUACAAUUUAUGAGAUUAUACCUCUGUUUUCGUUUUCUAUACUAAUUUCUAUCUUUAUUGUAACUUAAAUGUCUAUUAUUUUUUGUUCUUACUCUUCAAGUAUAUAUUAAUCGAUACUAGUGGAACGCACGUGCUGCAGUCUGUAACGUAGUACGCGUUAUAGAUAUCGUGUUUCUUACUUUCACAUACUCACAUUUACGCAUUUUUAUGGUUUGUUCCUAUGCGUUGUUUUCCUUUUUAUUUCAUUUUUUUUUUUCACGAAUUACUUGCAAUGCAAAUGUUGAGAUUUAUUUAAUUUAGACUACAUUAGGUGCGUUGUUUCGUUUCUUUGAGUAGUUUUUAGUAAUCGCUUUGUUUCAAAGCUUCUUGAUUUUAAGACUUUUAACUUGCGAUUCACAUUACGAGAAAUAUUUCCACAGAUCUCUUGAAAAGGCUCACCUGUUUCAGAAUCCGUGUCGCCAAUCGUAUUUGUAAUUUUGUAAUAUAUAACAGCGAGUGUAUUUGGGAAAAUUCAUUCGACGCACCGAAACUCAUGAAAAUAGAAAUCUAUGGUUACUUGUAAUAAUUUUUACUUCGAAACAUUAAUUAGCAUUUUUUUAAUUACAUAGUUUUUACUAGAUAUCGAUAAACCAUGUACUUGCGAGUUUGUGGGCGUGUGUGUGUGUGUGCGCGCGCGCGUGGAAUGCAUCAUAAAUUGAUAUCCAUAAUUACAUCUUCCAUUCAUCAAAAGACUUAUUAUAUCCGACUAUAUAAUCUUUGAUAAUCUGCACUAUGCAAGAUUCGAUUUUUACCGUAUUUUAUGAUCUAAUCUUGCGUAUGACAUUUAAUACAUCUAUUGAAAAGUUAAAAUAACACGUUAUUAUAUUGCCUAAUUUAUUGUUUUUCAUAUUCCAUUGUCUUAUGGAAUUAAUUGAUUCAGCUAUAUACUUGGAAUUGAUAAGAGAACUGUUGACACAUUUCUCUUUGCCCUUUAGUCUGGCUGUUGUAAGAUUUUCCAAAUCUAAUGCAUAGAUUCCGUAUUCCUAAUAGGACAAUCCUCCGCAAAAAGCAAUGCAGACAAUAAAACAAAUUGACUCGAUACAGUAACUGAAGGAAUCAUUGAAUUUAAAAACUGAUGUGUCGUAGACGGGGUAUUUUUAUAUUAAAAUCCAAUACUGGGGAUGUUCCAUUCAGAAUUGUUUAAUGCAUAUCAAGUCGAUUAGAUUAAGCAUUUUUCAUUAAAAAUCCAUUAAUCAUCCAAUGAGAUAUUCUUCGGGAUACCGAUCGCGCGAACAGCGAAUUAAUUUUUGAAAUUUCAAAGUGUCUUUAGAACCGUCGCGCCAUCGGUAUCACCAUGGAUGGCAAAUGUUCAUAAUAUAAAAUAAAUCAACACAUUGUAAUAUAUUUAAGAGAUUCCAAGUCAUGGGUAUACUGUAGUACGCAGAAUUAUACCAACGUUUUAAUGCUAACGUUAUUAGUAGUAGAACGAAAAUGUUAAAUAAACGAACCUAGAAAA